GUCUAUCUAUCCCCUCGCCUCAUCUUAUCCCCUCCAUUGCUCGCGCUUCCUCCUCCCUCCUCCCGCUCACUCCCGAAGCCAAGCCUCCAGAGCUCCCAAUGGCAUCCACCACCUUCUCCUCCGCCUUCUCCAUCCUCUCGCUCCCCUCCACCUCGCCAUCCCCCUCGGCCUCGGUCCCCAGGACCCUCCCCAUGGUCAACCGCCGCCGCCGCGCCGUCGCCGUCGCCUCCACCGCCACGGAGUCCCCGAAGGUCCUUGAGCUCGGCGAUGCCAUUGCCGGGCUCACUCUCGAGGAGGCGCGCAACCUCGUAGACCACCUCCAGGAACGUCUCGGCGUCUCCGCCGCAUCCUUCGCGCCCGCUGCCGCGGCGGCGGCGCCCGCGGCUGCGGUGGCAGAGGAGGCCCCGGUCGAGAAGACGGAGUUCGAUGUCGUCAUCGAAGAGGUGCCCAGCAGCGCGCGUAUCGCGACCAUCAAGAUUGUGCGCGCGCUCACCAGCCUGGCUCUGAAGGAGGCCAAGGACCUUAUCGAGGGGCUCCCCAAGAAGCUCAAGGAGGCCGUCAGCAAGGAGGAGGCCGAGGAGGCCAAGAAGCAGCUCGAGGGGGUCGGCGCCAAGGUGACAAUCGCGUGAGAGUAGAGCAAUGUGAGUACAUCCUUUUUUACCUUCGACGUGGCAUGUGAAGUUGGGUAGUUGGAGGACACGACACUCCAGAUGCAGAUAUCUAUGUUUGGAACUGAACCUCGGAAGUUGAGUGAAAAUAAUGUGUUGUAUUUCUAGAGUAUUUUGUUCCUACCCGUUAUUUCAAUCUAUUGAGCCGAUGAAAGUUACUUUA